AUGAAAGGCGGUAGGAAGAACCUGCGGCGCGCGUGCGAGGAGGGCACCGCGGUGACGCUGGCGGAGGGUGAGAGCAUCAUGCAGGUCGUCACGCUGCGCGGCUCCAACCUCAUCGAGGUGACGGACGGCGAGGGCGUCAAGUCUCUCGCCCUCUUCCCCGCCAAGUUCCAGACGAGCUUCUGGAUCAAGAACGGGAAUUUCGUGGUUGUGGAUGCUAGUGGGAGGGACGAGGCUCUCGAAUCUGGAAGUAGGAAUUUACUUGAUGGAACCAGGGUUGUUACUGAUUCACUCGAUCUUUGUUAUGCCAGUCCGGCUAUCUUCAAGUCGACUCCCAAUGGGUGGGCGACAGGGCAAGAGGGAACGACAUCGCAGGCUGGGGAAGAGCACAACUCCAAAGAAGAAGACGACGAUGAUGAUAUGCCACCACUCGAGGCGAACACAAACAGGAAUAGACCGUUUGCCGUGCAUUCCGACACAGAGAGUGAUUCUGAUUCUUAA